CUUCCAACAAGUGAAAUUUUCGAAACGUAAACAUAAUUUUUAUUUAUAUGAAUUGUGGUUCACCAUCUGCGCAAUUUUAUUUUUAAAACCCCCUUAAUGGGGUCAAGUUCAAAUGGUGUUUUGGGUUUAACACCAAACCAAAAAUUCAAGUUUGACAGUUGAAAUUUAUGAGAUGCAGAUGUUCUAGAAUUCAGAGUUUUGCAAAUGAGCCGCGAAACUGUCUCUAAAGCCACUUUUUUCAAAUUCUUAGUCAAGUGUUAAUAAACUCAAGUCAACCCUCUAUCAAUAAUGCUAUUUCUAGAUUUAAGUGCGUUGGAACAGGAAUAGAUUCGCAAUUGAGACACUUUGGGGCUAGUAUUGUUCCAUUUUCAGUGAAAUAAUUCCAGAUUAUGAUGGAAAUAGACAGAAUGUCGUACAUUUUCGGAAGCUUUGCACGCCGCCGCCAAAGCCAAGAAGUAAAUUCCGCCAAAAGGCGCUCAAUCGAGCCCAAAAUCAGCCACGACCGGUCCAAAUCCACCCCACACACCCCCAAAAAAGCCGCCCCCACCAGCCCCCGAGCCAAAAGCAUCUGCAAUGUCAUCGUCGACGACGCGAAAUUCAAGUGCCCCAUGUGUCGGAGGUUGUUCGUCGAGCCCAGAGUCCUCCCCUGCCUCCACACCUUCUGUCUCAGGUGUCUGCAAGAACUGGAGGCUAACGACUACUCGAAUUGGGGCGGCGACGACUCUGACGAAUCUGCCAACACCUCCGGAUCGCGUAAGGGCUCAGGUUCCGGUGGUUCCGGCUAUAUGAGCGACAAAAACAACACACUGCAUCGCAGCUGUUCCCCCACGACUGUCAAACGGAUUUGUUGUCCCACGUGUGGGGCACGAGCGGAAGUUCCAUUCGGGGGUGUGUCCUGCUACCCUCCCAACUACCUCCUACAACAUCGCAUGGUCUUGGCCACCCUCAAUGCUCAAAGCACCCACCUUCUCUGUGAUCUUUGCACCUCCGAUGUUUCGGCGACAGCCCGGUGCAUGGAUUGUGCGAUAAGUUUUUGCGAACAUUGCGAAGAGGUGCAUCUGAGACAGAAAGCGGCGAAUGGUCACGAAGUUUUGUCGUUGGAGGAAGCACGAAGAAAAGGGAUUACGAAGGUGAGGAGGCAGAUCAUGUGUGUGAAGCACCCUGAUCUCGAGUUGACGCUGUUUUGUUCCACCUGCUGUCAAGUCAUAUGUCCCGAGUGCGUUCCCUCUUCCCACAAGGGCCACCCCUGCGAGUCCAUCUCCCGCGCCGUGAAGGCCCACCUCACCGACCUGCGCCUCGCCGCCGCCAGAGCCAAGUCCAUCGCGGAGCAAUCGGCCCUAGCGGCCAACCGCCUCCACGCCACCUCCAAGAAAAUCGAGACUCAAUGCAGUAAAGUCCAAGCGGAAAUCGAAGAAUUCAUCGAGAAGUACAUCAAAUCCGUGGAGGAGCAUCGCAAGAAGUUGCUACAACAAGUGAUCCAGACGCAAACCGAAAAACUGCAAGAAAUCGGAAAGUGCAAGACGAUGCUGCACAAGAGAGUGAGGGAGGCAAGAGACGUGGCGUUUUUCUUGGACGAACUGUUGAGUGAAGGGACGGAUGUGGAAGUUAUGAGUUUUUUGAAACCGGUGAUGAGUAAAAUUGAUAAGUGUGGGAAGAGGGAUGUCGGGAAAGUGACGGAUUUGAGUUUGACGGGGAGUUUGUUGUUUUUGCCCGAAGAGGUGGUGCAGUAUUCGCAGGAUUGCUGUCCGUUGUAUGGGGUGGUCACCACGCAGACGGUGGCGCCCAGCCAUUGCGUUAUUAGCACCGAAGGUUUAUCCAACUUACGCGUUGGCAAAAAGACCGACCUCCUCCUCGAGACCCGCGACCACAGCGACACCAAACUGGAGCGCGGCGGCGAGCAAGUCUCCGCCGAAAUCCGGUACCGCGACGCCGGAGUCUCCCGCUUCCUCCACGUCGACAUCGACGACCGCCGCGACGGCACCUACACCAUCUCCUUCGUGCCCGACGUGGCCGGCAAACUCGUCCUCAGCAUCAGCAUCAAAGGCCAACCGAUCAAAGACAGCCCCUUUCCCAUCACCGUUCGGACGCUGAAACCGCACCACGGAACCUUCCACUGCUGCAGCUUCUGCUCGAGCGGGGGCAGCAAGGAGGCCACGUGUGGGUGCGAAGGCCGGAUGCCGGGGGGCUACAAGGGCUGCGGACACGGACACGAGGGGCAUCCCGGCCGGAGACACUGGUCCUGCUGUGGGAACGUCCUCGAGCAUUCGGAGUGCUCCAAGGGGAACCACUCGCACUACCAGUUCACCUUGUAGGGGGCGCCAGGGUUGAUCAUUCCGCAAAAGUGAUCGUUUUUAAUUAUGUAUAGUAAAACGGUUUUCCUAAGACCCACUAAAAAUUUUAUGACACAUUAUAAGGGAUUAACCAAACAAUGGCUUGAAUUUGUAACCCUCCAUAAAUGGCACGUUCCUUUGCAAGAAUAAAACAGGGCCGUAUUUAAAACUA